AUGUACCUCUUCUCAAACAAAUAUGGCGUGCAGCUCUUAUGGGCAGCGUCCGCUAUCCUAUCUUCAGCCUCAGCCUUCGGCGUGUCUUUUUCAGAUCAAGACGCUCUGUUCCAACUCGUAAGGCGAGACGAUCUCUCCUGCUCUGCAGUCGACCCUAAGCUACCAAGAGAUUUCAAGUGUCCGUCUGGAACGAAUUGCAUAUCCUUGGACAAUUCGUCAUCGGGUCUGUGCUGCCCAGAUAACAACAACUGUUCCAACAUCCAGAUUGUCUCUUGCAACAUUCAGACCCAAAAUCUGACAGCAAAUGCGAACGCGGCUAUCUUCACCACAAGACUAAGCGACAAGCUACCAACAUGCGGCGAUGGGUGCUGCCCUUUCGGAUACGAAUGCAUUCUGUCUCCAGACGGCAAGAAUGUUUGCAAUCUUUUAGCAAGUACAAGCAAGACCAACGUCACUAGCUCCUCGACAACCAACUCAACAGCGCCCAAGUCUUCCACAUCCUCAACAGCCACAUCAACGUCUACGGGUCUCAGCUCAGCCGUCUCGCAAACAUCCAAAUGCAACAAAUUCCCUGUUGGGGUCUUUCUAGCCGGCUUCUUCCCUGGCAUGUUUAUCGGCGCUUUUCUCAUGCUCGCAUGGGUGAUCUGCUCUGGUCGCCACCGAAAACCAGCUCGUUCCUCCCGCAGCUCUACGUCUUCCUCACGGUCGACCUAUAAGCCUACCAUCUCCGAUCCCAUCCCUCUAGGCUCACCGAGUGGCGGACUCCGUACAGACUUUCUUCGCCGCACCACCGGCAGAGCCAAAUCCAUCUUCUCCACAAAGUCUCAGGUUCUUAGUGGUAACAGCACAUCGCACUGGAAGAUGCCCACACCACCAGUGCCUAACAAUAUUCCCAACACCACGCGCGCACCUGCUCCAGUCACUCCCGACCGCAGCCUCACACAUGACUCUGAGAGCAUCCAUCUCUUUUCACCUCAAGGUACCAAAGUGGUCCCACAACCUGUUCCUGCACAUAUUGCUCCACUCCGGGGCAUGUCAGCGCAGCGCUACAAUCCCAAUUCGUCCGACACGGGUAUGGGUAGCCCUUUCCAGUCGCCUCUCAAAGCUGACAACAUGUACAGCGACCACAUGGCCCGAUCGAACACAAACACUCAAUCACGUGGUGUGAGCACCUACUCUGUAGUGUCUUCAUUACAAGAUCGUGACGGUGGAUACGAAGCCGAAACACUCACUCCAGCACGCUACGAGCCAACUGCUUCUUCUACCGGCUGGAAUUCAAGCGUGACGAAGCGUGUGCGACCUGAGGGCGCGGCAGAGCUUGAAAGCAGGCCAACUACCACGUUCACUGAGAUGUUGCAUGAAGCAGGGUUCCCAGAUCCACUAAACGACCAGGGUACGCCGGCCGUACCCAAGAUCCCAAAGAUCUAUUUGAGUGGUCGAUUAUAA